CGGAAAUGACCUCGCUUGUUUGCGCUAACGUUCCGCUACGCUUAGGACUAGCGCCAGGUACGUACCUCGCUCAAAAAUCAGCGAAAAAUACCUGAAUUGAAAAAAAAAAGUCCCGGCUUAGGGCUCAACCCACACAAAGGGAAAAUUGGUGGAAGCGCCAAACCGCUCGAGGCCACUCCAACAGCUCUCCUCGCCCGCAGCCCUCCAAGUGCCCGUCUUUGGAAACCCGCGAACUUUCUCCCUCAACAAGACAGAAUUUCCAGUCAACAACAGACUCGAAAAGAAUUCAAAAUGUCCCACCCUGGUGCUCAGAUCUCCAAGCGGAGAAAGUUCGUCGCUGACGGUGUCUUCUACGCCGAGCUCAACGAGUUCUUCCAGCGUGAGCUCGCCGAGGAGGGCUACUCCGGCGUCGAGGUCCGCGUCACUCCCACCGUCACCGACAUCAUCGUCCGCGCCACCCACACCCAGGAGGUCCUCGGCGAGCAGGGCCGCCGCAUCCGCGAGCUCACCUCCCUGAUCCAGAAGCGCUUCAAGUUCCCCGAGAACUCUGUCUCCCUCUACGCCGCAAAGGUCCAGAACCGCGGUCUGUCCGCCGUCGCCCAGUGCGAGUCCCUGCGCUACAAGCUGCUCAACGGCCUGGCCGUCCGCCGUGCCUGCUAUGGUGUCCUGCGCUUCAUCAUGGAGUCCGGCGCCAAGGGUUGCGAGGUUGUCGUCUCCGGCAAGCUCCGUGCCGCCCGUGCCAAGUCCAUGAAGUUCACCGACGGCUUCAUGAUCCACUCUGGCCAGCCCGCCAAGGACUUCAUCGACAGCGCCACCCGCCACGUCCUGCUCCGCCAGGGUGUCCUGGGUAUCAAGGUCAAGAUCAUGCGCGGCUCCGACCCCGAGGGCAAGGCCGGCCCCCAGAAGUCUCUCCCCGACGCCGUCACCAUCAUCGAGCCCAAGGACGAGCCUGCCGUUCUCCAGCCCGUCAGCCAGGACUACGGUGCCAAGGCCGCCCAGGCCCAGGCCAGCCAGGAUGCGCGAGUUGCUGAGCAGGAGGGUGCCGCUGAGGAGGAGGCCCAGCCCGCUGCUGAGGAGCAGUAGGAAGCUGGCUCAGGAGCUGGUUGGUAAAAAACGGGUUGGAGGAGGAGUCUUUUCUUUUUUUGUAUGUGCAUGAUGAGGGAAAUCCAGAGAGAAGAAGAAACCAACAAAGAAAGGAAGACG